AUGUAUUUUGGAAUUUUGGAAGCAAUACCAGAACCAUUGGUUGCUGGUUUCAAACAAAGAGUCCAGGAAGUUUGGAAAGACCUGAAGGAUAAUCUACAGGAGAAAGCCAAGGCCAUUUGGAACAACCCUAAGGUAAAAGAAGUCGUCGAGAAAGGUGAAAAAGUGGCCGAAGAGGCUAAGAAGGCUCUAAGAGAUGUCGUUGAGAAUGUUCGUAAUGAAAUCGAUAGAAUUUCCAAGGAAGUUGAACAAAUAAAAGACAAUGUCGACACAACUAGUUUGAAAGAUAAAGUACAACAAGCAUGGAAUGAUUUCAAGAAAAAAGUUGAGGAAAAGUCUGAAGAAGUUAAGAACAAUCCUAACGUAAAAGAAAUCAUCGAAGCAACUGAUAAAGCUAUCGAAGAUGCUAAAGGCAACGUCAAGGCAAUCAUCGACGCAGUUCAACAAGCAAUCGACAGUAUUUCCAAGGAAGCUGAAAAGGUUAAAAAAAAUGCUGAUACAACUAGUUUGAAAGAUAAAGUAGAACAAGCGUGGAAUGAUUUCAAGAAAAAAGUUGAGGAAAAGUCUGAAGAAGUUAAGAACAAUCCUAAAGUAAAAGAAAUCAUCGAAGCAACUGACAAGGCGAUCGAAGAUGCUAAAGGCAAUUUCAAGGCAAUCAUCGAUGCAGUUCAAAAAGCAAUCGACAGUGUUUCCAAGGAAGCUGAAAAGGUCAAAAAAAAUGCUGAUACAACUAGUUUGAAAGAUAAAGUAGAACAAGCGUGGAAUGAUUUCAAGAAAAAAGUUGAGGAAAAAUCUGAAGAAGUUAAAAACAAUCCUAAAGUAAAAGAAAUCAUUGAAGCAACUGACAAGGCGAUCGAAGAUGCUAAAGGUGACGUCAAGGCAAUCAUCGACGCAGUUCAUAAAGCAAUCGAAAGUAUUUCCAAGGAAGCUGAACAAAUAAAAGACAAUGUCGACACAAUUAGUUGGAAAGAAAAAAUAGUAAAAACUUGGGAGGACUUUAAGAAAAAAGUUGAGGAAAAAUCUGAAGAAGUUAAAAACAAUCCUAAAGUAAAAGAAAUCAUUGAAGCAACUGAUAAAGCUAUCGAAGAUGCUAAAGGUGACGUCAAGGCAAUCAUCGACGCAGUUCAUAAAGCAAUCGAAAGUAUUUCCAAGGAAGGUGAAAAGGUAGAAGAAAAUGCCGACGCAACUAGUUGGAAAGAAAAAGUCAAAGGAGCUUGGAAUGAUUUCAAAAAAAAAGUUGACCAAAAGUCUGAGGAAAUAAAGAACAAUCCUAAAGUAAAAGAAAUCAUCGAAGCAACUGAUAAAGCAAUCGAAAAUGCUAAAGGAGAAGCCAAGGAAAUCGUCGAUGCUGUUCAUAAGGCAAUCGAUAAUAUUUCCAUUAGAAGUUAUGAAGUGCUAGCAGAACCUGCAGGCCAUGAUAGCGUGAAGGAAAAACUAGAGAAAGCGUGGAACAAUUUCAAGAAGAUCAUUGCGGAUAAAGUAGAUGAAAUUAUUCGAGACCCUAAGACCAAAGAAAUCCUUGAUAAAAGUGAAAAAGUAAUUAACGAAGCUCAUGAAAAUGCGAAAAAUAUCAUUGAAUCUAUUCGUAAAGCGGCCGAUGAGUCUUCCAAGAAUACUGACGAGAAUUCGGCUAAAUCUGUAGCUAAUAUUUAUGUAAGUAACGUAAAAGAAGCGUGGGAGUCGUUCAAGAGAAAAAUUGCGGCGACGUAUAACAAUGUAUGGGAAAAACAAAAAGUUAAAACUGCCAUAGAUGAUGGCGAACGUACUCUUUUGAGAAUCCAAGAUAGUGCCCAAGACGUUGUCGAUGCUAUUCGUAGAGAACUUGAAAAAAGUCACGAUAAUAGUCAAUAA